AUGUCGUAUGGGUACGACGAUGAUUCUAGGAAGAAGAGGAGGGUUGUAGUCAUCUCAAUCUCCUCCAUUAUUCUCAUCUCCAUGGUGGUCGCCGUUAUCAUCAGCAUCCACAAGAACGAUGGUAACGGUAACUCUAAAAGCAAACCAGAGUUAACAGCUUCCGUCAAGGCCGUCAAGGACAUAUGCGCACCAACUGAUUACAAAACGACAUGCGAAGACACUCUCCUCAAGAACGGUCACAACACAACCGACCCCAUGGAGUUGGUUAAAACCGCGUUUAGUGUCACAAUGAAACAGAUCACAGACGCAGCCAAGAAGUCUCAGACCAUGAUGGACCUUCAGAAAGAUCCAAGAACUAAGAUGGCUCUUGAUCAGUGCAAGGAGCUCAUGGACUACGCCUUGGGAGAGCUUAGCAACUCUUUCGAGGAGCUAGGGAAGUUCGAGUUCCACAAACUCGACGAGGCUUUGAUCAAUCUAAGGAUCUGGCUCAGCGCGGCGAUAAGCCACGAAGAGACUUGUCUCGAAGGGUUUCAAGGGACGCAAGGGAACGCUGGAGAGACCAUGAAGAAGGCCUUGAAAACCGCUAUCGAGUUGACGCAUAACGGGCUAGCGAUCAUCAGUGAGCUGUCGAGUUUCGUGGGACAAAUGGAGAUUCCUGAGUUGAGUAGCCGUAGGCUUUUGUCUGAAGAUGUUCCCUCGUGGGUUGACCAGAGAGGGCGUUGGCUCUUGCAGAGUGCUGAGGAGUAUUCGGAUGCGAAGGCUGAUAUUGUGGUGGCUCAGGACGGGAGUGGUCAGUACACAACGAUCAAUGACGCGAUGAAGUAUGUACCAAAGAAGAAGAAUACGACUUUCGUGGUUCAUAUUAAGGCUGGUGUCUACAAGGAGUAUGUGCAAGUUAACAAGAGUAUGACUCAUCUUGUCUUUAUUGGUGAUGGUCCUGACAAAACUAUCAUCUCCGGUAGCAAGAAUUACAUGGAUGGUAUCACUACCUACCGUACCGCCACUGUUGCCAUCGUUGGAGAUUACUUCAUUGCCAAGAACAUAGGGUUCAUAAACACGGCCGGUCCCAUCAAACAUCAAGCCGUUGCGGUUCGGGUUCAGUCAGAUGAGUCAAUAUUUUUCAACUGUAGAUUCGAUGGUUACCAAGACACACUCUACACUCACUCCCACCGUCAGUUCUACCGAGACUGCACCAUCUCAGGCACCAUUGAUUUCCUCUUUGGAGACGCAGCAGCUGUAUUCCAGAACUGCACAUUGUUGGUGAGGAAGCCACUCCCGAACCAGGCGUGUCCUAUCACAGCUCAUGGUCGUAAAGACGUGAGGGAAGCAACUGGAUUCGUGUUCCAAGGCUGCACUAUUGCAGGGGAACCGGAUUACUUGGCAGUCAAGGAAACUAGCAAAGCCUAUUUAGGAAGGCCGUGGAAAGAGUAUUCAAGAACUAUUAUUAUGAACACUUUUAUUCCUGAUUUUAUCCAGCCACAAGGAUGGCAACCGUGGCUAGGAAACUUUGGUCUAGACACAUUGUUCUACUCUGAAGUUCAGAACAUAGGACCUGGAGCAGGCCUUGCAGGCAGGGUUACUUGGCCUGGAAUCAAGACACUGAGCAACGAAGAGAUUCUUAAGUUCACACCUGAUCAGUAUAUUCAAGGUGAUCUUUGGAUUCCGGGGAAAGGUGUUCCCUACACUCCUGGCCUCUUGGCUGCUGAUCCGAACGCUGCAAGCACUAUCCCUAGCGGCUCAGCUGCUCCAGAUUUCUCCACUUUUUCGGACACAAGUGGUGCUGGUUCGGUUUCUCCAGCUGCUGCCCCGAAAGGUUCUACUAAGAUGGCUUCAACGAUGGUUUUGAAAGACUAA